AUAAAGUCCUGUUUCUUUUGUUUGAUAGCCCGUUAUCUCGAUGUUUGUGUCUUCUUGGGUGUGUUUGUGCGUGCAGAGCCGAAUGCCAACCAACAGAAAGGGACACAGUGCUGUGCUGCUCGGGUCUGCCAUGCUGCUGUAUGGAGGGUUAUUGGACAUCAAAGGAUCCUCGCAGGACUUUUGGAGUUUGGAUUUUGAUUCCAUGGCUUGGUCUCUGCUGAAUGGCUCCCAGCAGCAGGGCCCUUUGGGCCCCGGCCCCAGACACAGCCACUCAGCCGUGGGCAGCCACGGCUGCAUGUACCUAUUCGGGGGCCUGAAAGGCUUGCAGGAGCAGAGGGACUUCUGGAAGUGGAGCUCCACCAGCAACACGUGGAGUUCCCUCAAAAACAAGGCCGGCCCCUCCAGACUGAUGGGCCACUCGGCCGUGGCCUACCAGGACAGCAUGCUUCUUUAUGGGGGAUGUGAGAGCCAGAACUCUCCUAAGCACUGCCUGUGGAGGUACCACUUCAGCACUCAGACCUGGGGGCAGGUUGCCACGCUCCCCGGCUCCAACCCCCCAGGGAAGAUCCACCACUGCUGCGUUGGGCUGGGUCCCAGCUACAAGUCCAAGACCAGCAGCGGCCCCUGCUCCGGCUCAGCACAACCCAGGCUGCUGGAGGGGAAACGAAGGCUCUUCAAGAACAAGUGCUUCCCCACCCCACCUAGGAAGAUGUGUCUAGGAUCCGAGGGAGCUAUAGAGCUGGAGACGUUCAGCCCGGCCAGAUGCUACGGUAGCAAAACCCCCACACAACCCUCCCAACUAGUCAACAGCAAAGAGGGCUUAAUGGGGAGAGAGGCCCAGCAGAUUGAAAACUGUUUGACUUUUGAAAACAAGGUGUUAGGAAACCGUGGGGCUGCAGAGGCGAUAACCCGCUGGACAAGGAGGAGGAGGAGGAUGAUGAAGAUGUAGCCGCGCAUCUGCCUGAUCUGGUGCUGGUGCUGGGUGGGAGACCGUGUACCACCCACAGCCCUAUCUCCAUAUGGCAAAUGACUCUGACAGACUCAUAGCAGCUUUUGAAGAAAAGAAACUUUUGCGUUAACAUGUUCUCUAUAUGAGGAAUAUAAAGAAAAAAAACACACAUUGUAUAUGUUGAAAAGGUUUACUGACAUGCUGUGAACAAGAGAAUAACCCAACUAUUUUUAUAAUCCUGUUACUCUUGUUGUGAGUUUUAAUGUCAGGAGUUGCAUUUACACAUUUCUUUUUUUCAGAAGUCAAAUAAAUUAUCAGAAAAUGCAAUUAAGAAAAGCUGUACAAUGAUUGCAAUGGUGAACAAUGAACUAAUUCACAGCGUCGUGGAAAAUAUACAGCACACACAUGAGCAUAAAAAUGGCAAAAUCAGGAUCAGCGAUCCUAAACAUUUCUGUGUACUGCUUCAGAUGAACGGGGCCGGUUCCCAGAGCUCCGUGGUUACCCGUCGGUAGUCUGUAUCCACAACGUUCCACUCCCGGGAUUAUUGUUCAGGUGGCGCCAGGAACUCCGCUUGAUGUCCCUCUU